AUGGCUCUUCGUGAACUUGAUGAUUGCCUUUUAGGAUAUAUUGUGAAUGAUCAACUUAUUGUUGAAGCUGACAUUACUGUCCGUGAGAUCUCUGAUAAUUUGCUACUUGUCUCCAAGGGCAAUGAUAAUGUUGGACUUGAGAACCAAAAUGCAACUCGUUACAUGAAGUCUGUAAUUCAGUUGACUGGGGGUCAGGUGACCCAUAUUUCAACCGGGGGUGAGGCAGUGUUAGCGCCAACCAAUGCUAAUACAUCAGUAGUCGAGAGCAAAGAAGUGCCCCUAGUUGUCUCUGGUGGAGAAGAGAAAGGCAUAACUAAGGUCGAGUUGGCUGAGGCUCAGAUUUCUGCUGGAGGAGAUGGAGCCCACUCCUCAAGGGCAAGUAAAGCUGAAGCACAACAUAAGGAAACAAUCGCUGCCCCUGAGCAGUCUGUCACAGGGGUUGAGGUGAGACAACCGCAACAACCACAAGACAAGCAAGUUGUAGGAAAUGAAGUGGUACAGCCUGUUCGUAGUUCAGUCCAAGGGAUUCCUGAGGUUCAAAUCCCGGAAGAGGUACCCUAUGAUGCUGGCCCUGGGCAUGGAUCAGACUUGGUGGAUUGGCUUGGCUUCAGGGUGCAACGGAGAAGUGUUGCAUACUUGAACAAGCUAGUGGAGCGGUACCCAGACAGCCUUGCUAAAUUUAAUUCGCGCAGCCCAUUGGUGCAAGCUGGGCAUUUGGGCACUGUAGCUCUUCUCCUUUACACUGCCGACACAAUCCCUCUAAAAGCCUGGAGCAGCACGCUACAGGAAAAAUGCCUUUCGUAUAUAGAUGACUUGAAGGAAGCAUGUAUCGAGCUCCCUUGGCUCAUGGAACGUUUUUCUUUGUUGGAUGACCACAGAGCAAGUUUUCUUGCUAAGGUUGAGCUGGAGGAGUGGGAGCCCGAGGCUGCGAAGCUGAAGCAAGAGAUCGUGGUGCUGCAGACCAAGCUAGGAAUGCUUGAAGAAAAGAUUGCAGGGGCACAGGCCCUGUUCAAGGCGAAAGAACACUUGCUGAGUGGCCAGAGUUUUACUGUUUGCCCCAACUAUCCCAUACUGUUUGGGCUUCUGUAA